GUCCGGAAUAUGAAGGUAUGCGUUACAUUCUGUUACUACGUAGUUUUGCCUAUCAAACGAGUUUAUCUCCUUGAAAAAGAACAUGUGUUCUUAAUUGCAUAUGUAAAGCAACAUUAGGUAGAGAAAAGCAGCUUAGAUUCCUCUCCUGAAUUUCAUGAUCCUGGAUAUUAUAAUAUGGAAAACAGGAUAGACUCAGUUACUCCUUUACUCCAUCGAUUCCCAUAUUCUAUUGUAUGGACUCCUAUUCCCUUGUUAACAUGGUUUUUUCCUUUUAUUGGACAUAUGGGAAUCGCUAAUUCAUAUGGUGUUAUAUAUGAUUUUGCAGGCCCUUAUACUAUUGGGGAGGACCAAAUGGCUUUUGGAUGGCCAACGAUGUAUGUUUCACGACAAUACAGCCUGAUCUUCAAUUUCCUUAGGUAUUACCAACCCCAUGCUAAACUGAUUGGGAGUCGGGAAGUCUGGGACAAUGCCAUCUCUGAAGCGAAUGAAGUUUAUAAAGGACGAGUGCAUAACCUUUUUUGUGAUAAUUGUCAUAGUCAUGUGGCAUAUGCUUUCAACAAAAUGCGAUUUCAAGAUAAGGGGAAUUGGAAUAUGUUCAGUGUUACUGCAUUAUUAUUCUUUCACGGAAAGUAUGUUAGUAAACGUCACUGUUUUUCAUCAUGGUUUCCAUUCAUUCUUGUUUUAUGUGUAAUUUUGGCAAUAAUAUCAAUUAUUUUGCAUAUCAGCUGAAUCACUUAUAACUAUCAUAUACAAACCAAUCAGACUGUAUUUGACUGGUCUAAUUGAACUUUUUUUAUAGUUUAAUCGUUUUUAUUGUAAAAUAUAUCAUAUAUGUUUUCUAAUUUGAUGGAUCAUCGCAUUAACCUUUUUAGGUGAUUUUAGAAGUCCUUCACACAUAAUUAAUAUCAUGGUUACGGAUAUGUUUACUCUUUGAAAUCAUUUCUUUCCACCUUUUUUUGAUAAGACAGUUAUUAUUUUAUUCAUGCCAACUAUUUUAACAAAAAAAAUUUUUUUCUUUUACAUAUAUGUAUCUAUGUGACUGGAAUUCUCUUUAAAAGGCUAUGUUUUAUGAUAUUGGUAUGAAAAUAAUAAUGAUAAUCAUC